GCGUGUGUGUGGGCUGUUCCGCGGCGCGUCGCUGCUGAAGCGAUUGACUGUCGCUCAGUUUGUAUUCAUAUUCAUCCGCAGCGGACUGAACUCAACACUCCCACAUUUAUUGACGCGUCUCAGCAUUACAGCCUUUAAAUAUUAAUACAGAUCAACCAGCACGAGCUGAAAGUUAGUUUCUCGGCGGCGGAACCCGGAGCUGGAGCUCGGGAAUAUCACAUUUCAGCUCGAGCAAAAUAUUCGGGGCUGGAACUGAUGCGGGAGAUUUUUGACUCUUACUGUAACUAAAGACGCUUCAUAAACGCCACAGAUCCAACAGAAGACAGCGAAAUGGGGGAGCAGCCGAUCUUCACCACCAGAGCUCAUGUCUUCCAGAUCGAUCCCAGCACUAAGAAGAACUGGGUUCCCGCCAGUAAACAGGCCGUUACCGUCUCGUACUUCUAUGACAGCACACGCAACAGCUACCGCAUCAUCAGCGUGGACGGGUCAAAGGUGAUCAUCAACAGCACAAUCACCCCCAAUAUGAACUUCACUAAAACAUCGCAGAAGUUUGGCCAGUGGGCCGACAGUCGCGCAAACACAGUGUUUGGACUCGGCUUCGCCUCAGAACAACAGCUGUCAAAGUUCGCUGAGAAGUUCCAGGAAGUCAAAGAAGCUGCUAAACUGGCCAGAGAAAAAUCUCAGGAGAAGAUGGAGACAUCCAGUGAUCAGUCGCAGGAAUCUGGCCGUGAAACUCCAUCAGGCAAUCAAGCGUCCAGCCUCAAUGGAACAGAUGAUGAGAAGAUCUCACACGUGCCGGACGACACAGCGCUGAAGAGUGAGAACGACCGGCUGAAGUCUGUGGUGGAGCAGAGUAAGAAGCUGGAGACGGAGCUGCAGGCGCUGAAGGACAGCAACGCUCGGCUGACGGACACGCUGCAGGAGGCCAACAGCAAUGCCGAGGGCUGGAAGAGUAAAGUGAUGCAGAGCCAGGGCGAGAACAACCAGCUGAGGAACAAGAUCUCAGAGCUAGAGGAUCAGUGUAAGGAGGUGAAUCUGGAGAGAGAGAGAAACGCUCAGCUGAGUCUCAGAAUUCAAGAGCUGGAAUCAGAGCUGCAGGAAAAAGAACAGGAGCUCGAGGACCUGCGCAAACAGGCAGAAACCAUCCCGCAGCUCAUAUCCAAAUGUGAAAGCAUCGCAGGGAAACUACAGGCUGCAGAAACGGCCAACAGAGACCUGAGUGAGAAGAUGACGCUCCUGCAAAGCGAUAUCGAUGACAGUCAGCAGAAACAGAAGAACAUGAAGAGUGAACUCAAGAAGUUCAUGGAUGUUCUGGAUGGGAAGAUUGAUGAGCUCCAUGAAGUUCGUCAGGGAAUUUCUAAACUGGGCGUCGAUAAUUGAACACACACACACACACACUUUCUCUCUCUCUCUGUUUGCUCACUCCUCCUGUCGCAUGUGUGUUUGUGAUCUUCUGACUGCUGGUUAAGGGCUACUGAUGGUCAGUGAGGAGCCCCUCUCUCUCUCUUUCUCUCUGACACACACACACACACACACACAUGGACUGAAGACUGAAUUUAACCGCUGCAGAUCUCAGGGCCCAUUGGAAUUGAUGAUAUGCACAAACACACAUGAACUGCAGAAUCACUAAGUGCCUGAAGGUGGCGCGCUCUCUCUCCGCCUGCCCUCAUAAACUCAUCUGAUGUUGGAAUGAGAAAUGUUCUGUUAGACGGAAGGCGUUGAGUGGCUCCUCAUGCAAUACCCGCCUCAGGCAGCAGGACACACUUCUCUUCUUCUGCUUCUGUUGAUUUGUUUGUGUUUUUAAAAAGUUUUCGAGAUGCAGUUACUUUCAGAUUAUUCUUAUUCUGAGAAUAUAAAUAUGAGCCAAAUAUCUGCUGUGAUGAAGGCAGUGUUCUUGUUCGGUGCAGAUGUGUGUGUCGUGCUCAGCAGUGUUUGUGAUGUGCUCUUCCACUCCGUGUGUGUGUGUGUGUGUGUGUGUGACAUUCGGGUGAUGUGAUAAUUUACACAUGCUUUUUUUUGAAUAAUUUGCCUUUCCUGAGUCUGUGAUCGGAGCGCUUGAGCUUCCAAACUCUCUCCUCAGUUCCUUUCAGUUGUUGUUUUUUUUCUUGACACUGUUUGAAUGUCGUGGCUGGUGUAUUAUAGAGCGUUUAAUGUGGGCGAGUGUCUUUAACACCCUCUAAAACACACACACCUUACUGGAAACUUGAGCCUUUUUCCCCUCAUUCUGGAAAAAAAAUACUUUUGUUGAUAAAAAUUGUAAAAUAAAUAAUUGUGGAAAUCUAGUUUAUGAAG